AUGCAGCGAUCCGCCCCAGAGACCAACGCCGAGCGCGAGAUGGGGAGGGUGCUCGAGCUGAUCAAGCAGGAAUGGCCAGCCAUGCUGGAGAACGACUGCAUCCCCUAUCUGCAAGACUCGCUCAAGAAGAUUGUCCACGAGUACCACCAGGGCUUCAACAGCUCCAUCGGAACCUUCCACAAGAUUCAGGGCAGCAUCCAGGCCUCGCAGAAAAAGGUGCGCUCCUUGAAGGAGUCUCUAGCCACAUCAAAAACGGCUCUAUGUGCGACAGACCCGGAACUGAAAAAGCUACACGCGACAUCUCGCAUGUAUGACGAUGUGCUACAGACAUUAAACGAGCUAGAUGAUUUGCGGACGGUGCCGGAUCAGUUGGAAGCCAGAAUAUCCGAGAAGCGCUUCCUCACGGCCGUCGAAGUGUUGCAAAAUGCGUUGCGCAAACUAACGAAACCAGAAUUGGACGGGAUUGGGGCGCUGAGUGACUUGCGCAGCUAUCUUGCCAACCAGGAGACGGCACUGAUGGAAAUCUUGGUCGAGGAACUGCACGAACAUCUCUACUUGAAAUCCCCCUACUGCCAGGAGCGGUGGCAGAAUCUCACCAAACACCAUGGAGCUAUGAACGAGGCAUUCCAGGAUACUUCCAACCUUGCCCCAUUUCAUAUCAUUUUCGAGUCCAUCGAUUGGGACCGGUCUGUGACUGAGGAUCCCCAAAAGAAUCCCGAGGCCGAUACUUUCUACUAUAUUACGCUCUUGGUUGAAUCUUUGAACAGAUUGGGCAGGUUAGAAACUGCCGUCGAUAUGCUGAAGCAACGACUGCCUGUUGAGCUCUUUGCUGUUGUCAACGAGACGAUCAACGAUAUCGACCAGAAGCAUCCUAGCUCAUUACGUGGUGGAUCGAACGGCUCUAACGGGUUACAUAUAUAUGGCCAGCGGGAGACCCAGAUGAGGGCAGAUGUCAUCUAUGACCUGCUCUGGACUCUCUAUGGCAAAUUCGAGGCGAUCGCCGAAGGCCACCGUGUGUUCCACGAGUCGAUCAAGUCCCUCAUCCGACGUGAGGGAGCCGGCAACAAUAUUGCUCUUCUGGGAAGUUUCAAGGAACUGUGGAAUCUCUACCAGAACGAAAUCCGCUCGCUGUUACACAACUAUGUCACUACCGACGCUGAUGUGUACCAGUUCCGCUCGUCACCGAGACCAGGCGGUGGUUUGAAUGGCCAUAUGGACGCCAGGGAACACCUCUUCAAGUUCUCGGAAGCGGACGCCAAGUCGGCGGAGAUGACGGCCGAGUAUGAAGCACUGGAUAAUAUUAUUCAGAAUGCUGUCCCUGGUUUGACUUCCAAUUCUGGAAAAAACAGCAAGAAGUCCACAUUGGUUGUGCCACGGUCGGAUGCUGCGGCGACAAGGAAGAGCUUGGGGGCUGGGUAUGGCAGAGAGCAGAGCAGUGGGACAUACAAGUCGCUUGUUGAGCCGAGUGUCUUCAACAUGAGCCUACUGUUGCCACCGACGCUUGUCUUCUUGCAGCGUCUGAAAAGCAUCGUGCCCCCUGGAUCUGACCUGGCGACGAGCACGUUGACGUCUUUUCUGGACAACUUCCUUGUCAACGUAUUCCAGCCUCAACUUGAUGAGACUCUUGGCAAGCUCAGUGAUACCGUCUUUGGGGAGGCGGAUGCUUUCUUGCAAGACUCGGAAUGGGCCCAUCUCGCCAAGAGACCUAUUUUCAAAGGGACAACCGCCUUCUUUACGGUCAUCACAGCCUUCUGCCGCAUGCUGGGGACGAUCCCACAUGAUCAGGCUCUCAGUUCACUGAUCAUCACUCAGAUGUUGAGAUACUACGACCGCUGCUUCAACUGGUACAAAGCUCUCGUCACCAAAACCCAAGAAGAAGCAUCCACUUCCGAAGAGCUCCGUGCCUCGGCAGUCAUGGCACUGGAACCUAGUGAGAUCCACGACACGGUGAUGAGCCUCUGGAAGGCAGAGACGUCGGGAGCAACAGAAGAGUUCGAGGAGCUUCUCCGAAAAGAAGCGGGCUUGUUGAUUGCUAAAGCGAACGAACAAAAGCUGGAGGCAAGCGAUAUCAUCCAGGACAGGGAUACGAUCUCGUCGCUGUGCCUGCUGUACACGAGCAUGAAGUGGCUCACGGUUAAGGUUAUGGGCCUGCGGCACAUCACGAAGAACGAGAACGACACGUCGACCAAGCCGUCGGCGGCGACGCUGCCGAAGCCGGAGAAGAAGAGGUGGACGUUGCUGAAUGACCCUAAUAAGGCCACGGCGGAGGAGGGGCCGGUGUACCUGCCUAUGACGCAGGAGACGGUGCACAUCCUAACUUCCUACGAGGAACUCGCCUCCAUAGCCCUCCGCACCCUUCACAUGGAGGUCCGCUGUCGGAUCGUCCACUCCCUCUCCCUCGCCCUUUCCCCUACCAUCACAGCACCCUACACCCUCGACCAAAUCGUCACGGAACCCGACCAAGAAAUCUUGUCCCUCAACGCGGAGAUGGUCGCCUACGAUGAAACCACCACCCGGUAUCUCCGCGAACGAGAAGUCCUCUUCAUCCGCCGUGGACUGGGUCUGUUGAUAAACGCCUAUCUCAUCAAGAUCGCGCCCGUGGUGUCCCACCCGAUGAACCUCAACGGCUGCGGGAGGAUGAAACUGAACGUGAGGGUGUUGCAGCAGAACCUGAAGAAAAUUUUGGAAGGUUUGGAAUUGGGGAGGGAGAUGGGGUAUUUUGAGUUGUUUGAGAAGGGGCUUGAUGAGAAAGUUGAGCGGACGAAAAAGGAUGCUGAGCAAAUACAGGGGGGGGGCUAUGAUGAGCUGAAGGCGCUGCUGGAGCUGUGCUAUAGUGAGCAGCUGGCUGAUCGGGAGAGGGGGGUGGCGGCGCAGGCGAAGAGGCAGUUGGGGGAGAGGUUGUUGGGGUUGAGUGAGUAUAUGUGGCAGCAAUAG